AUGUGGCAAAACUUGCGGUCAUGCCACGUGUGCUGUGAACUGCCUGUAUCAUUAGACUUUUCCAUGCUUGAUCUCCUUGUUGGUGUUGUAGUGUGGGAACCUGGGGAGGGCCGCAGCAUGCGGGUCCUUGCGGGGUCUGCAAAGAGCUGGCAGGCAGUGGUGGUGUGCCAUCAUAUGCGUAUGCACACAAACCAUGCUGAAUCAAGCUGGGUGUGGCACCUGGCCCCACGGGAAGGAGUGUGGAAUAAACGGCUGAGUACUGAGCGGGCAAGGCUGCAGCGAGCUGAUGGAGCAUGGGACAGGAAGGGGGGGGGGAUCAACAGUUUGGGUGGGCACCAAGUAUUACCUGUUUUGCUCAUUUUUGAUAGGCCCAUUUGUAACAUAGGUUUUGCCUGA